UCAAUUGUAAAUGCAACGAUUGCAGUUAAUCUCCGCACAUUCAGCAGAGUCUGUGCAACAUUUUUGAUUAAAAUACGCAAUACAAUCAAAUGAUAGCGACAAUUAGUCGGGUUGAUGGGAUUUCUCAAUUGAUAGCAUUUAAUACCGACUAAAUGGGUUUUACUGCUUGGUCGGGAACCAUCUUGUCACGACUGUUUAUGCUCUGAAACAAUCCGGAAGUUGUCGACAAAAAGUCCAACAUCAACAGGACCAAAGUUUAUUGCUACUACACGAGUACCGCGUUGGCAAGAUGGCGCCCAGGGUGGACGACGUCAUGCGCCUGUGCUGCGACAUCUCAUCUCAUGAGCAAAUCAAGGUGGCGGUCAAAGGCUCGGCCAAGGGAGCCUUGAUGGCGGGCGGCAGCGCCUUUGUGGGAGGCCUGGUGGGCGGACCGCCCGGCAUUGCUGUUGGGGGCGUGGUGGGCAGCCUGCUGGCGGCCUGGGUGUCGAGCGGCCAGUUCCGCCCGCUGGCUCAGAUCCUGGCCGAGCUGCCCCCGGCGCAGCGCGACAAACUGUGCCGGGACGUGAGCGCCGUCCUGGCCGGCUUGAACUGGACGGACGCGGCGCAGCUCGUCGCCUUGGUGACGGGCAACGCCACGCUGCAGCAGCAGGUGCUCGCCGCCCUGCUCAACUACGUCACCAGGGAGCUUCGAGCCGAGGUGCGCUACAAAGACUGACGCGCCCGCCCCGCCCCGCCCAAAGCAAAGCCCCUCGACCGACCGGACCGCUGCUUUUUUUUUUUUUAGCAACUUCACGCGUUGAAACUUCCCCAUCAUCCUUGUUCCUAUUUAUUACUAUGCCAUGUCAAUUUCAUAAAAUGCAACACGGUGACCA